CAUUCUCGUCUCAGCGGCGAAAUCUUGUUGUUGGGGAAAAAUGGCGUCAAAUGUAGAGGCCCCGGAGCGCUGGUACCUCGCCCUUCUCGGCUUUGCGGAGCACUUCCGAACCUCUAGCCCGCCUAAAAUCCGGCUCUGCGUACACUGUCUACAAGCCGUGUUUCAGUUCAAGCCACCGCAGCGGGUUGAGGCUCGGACCCACCUUCAGCUGGGCUCUGUUCUCUACCAUCACACCAAGAACAGCGAGCUGGCCCGCAGCCAUCUAGAGAAAGCGUGGUUUAUUUCUCAACAGGUCCCUCAGUUUGAGGAUGUCAAAUUUGAGGCAGCCAGCAUUUUGUCUGAACUGUUCUGCCAGCAGAAUUUGGUGGAUUCUGCAAAACCCCUGUUGCGAAAAGCAAUCCAGAUUUCCCAACAAACGCCAUAUUGGCACUGCAGGUUGUUGUUCCAGUUGGCGCAACUGCAUACACUGGAAAAAGACUUGGUGUCAGCAUGUGACCUGCUCGGGGUUGGAGCAGAGUAUGCCCGAGUUGUUGGCUCAGAAUAUACCAGGGCAUUAUUUCUCCUGAGUAAAGGAAUGCUGCUGCUAAUGGAAAGAAAGCUGGGGGAGGUUCACCCUCUGCUCACACUGUGCGGUACGAUUGUGGAGAACUGGCAGGGAAAUCCAAUCCAGAAGGAGUCACUACGAGUCUUCUUCUUGGUCCUACAAGUCACACACUAUCUGGAUGCUGGACAGGUGAAGAGUGUGAAGCCUUGUCUGAAGCAGCUGCAGCAGUGCAUACAGACUAUAUCCACACUCCAUGAUGAUGAGAUUCUGCCCACCAACCCGGCUGACCUCUUCCACUGGCUGCCCAAGGAACACAUGUGUGUCCUCGUUUAUUUGGUAACGGUAAUGCACUCCAUGCAAGCAGGCUAUCUGGAAAAAGCCCAGAAGUACACAGAUAAGGCCCUCAUGCAGCUAGAGAAACUAAAAAUGUUGGACUGCAGCCCCAUCCUCUCCACCUUUCAAGUCAUUCUAUUGGAGCACAUUAUCAUGUGUAGACUUGUCACAGGUCACAAAGCUACUGCUUUGCAAGAGAUCUCACAGGUGUGCCAGCUGUGCCAACAGUCUCCUAGGUUAUUCACCAAUCAUGCUGCCCAGCUUCACACACUAUUAGGUCUGUACUGUAUUUCAGUUAACUGUAUGGAUAAUGCAGAAGCACAGUUUACCACAGCCUUGCAGCUCACUACACACCAGGAGCUGUGGACGUAUAUUGUGACCAACCUGGCCAGUGUAUACAUACGGGAAGGUAACAGACACCAGGAGCUGUACAGUCUCCUUGAGAGAAUAAAUCCAGACCAUAAUUUCCCAGUCAGCUCGCAUUGCCUUCGUGCUGCAGCUUUCUACAUCAGGGGACUCCUGUCCUUCUUUCAGGGACGCUACAAUGAGGCCAAGCGGUUCCUCAGAGAAACGCUGAAGAUGUCGAAUGCUGAGGAUCUGAAUAGGCUGACUGCUUGCUCACUCGUUCUGCUUGGCCACAUCUUCUAUGUGCUGGCUAACCACAGAGAAAGUAAUAACAUGGUUGUACCUGCCAUGCAGCUGGCCAGCAAGAUCCCCGACAUGUCUGUACAGUUGUGGUCCUCUGCACUGUUAAAAGACUUGAACAAAGCCCUUGGGAACACUAUUGAUGCCCAUGAAGCAGCCCAGAUGCACCAGAACUUCUCCCAGCAACUUCUGCAGGACCACAUUGCUGCCUGCAGCCUCCCUGAGCAUAAUCUCAUCAGUUGGAUUGAUGGCCCCCCUCCUGUCCAGAUCCAAGCCCAGAAUGGCCCUACUACCAGCCUUGCAAGUUUACUAUAAGGAACCAUUUUUCUCACAUGUGGUGGUAGUUUUUACACUGUCGCAUGUUACAAAUGAAUACCUAUUAACUUACCAUUCAGUUCACUGUAGUUGAAAUUUAAUAAUAUUUUAAUAUGUGACAGCUUUGGCCUUUACUUUAUCAGCUUCUCAAAGUGGCACAGUGAUUGUUUGCUGACGCACAUACACUCAGUACUAGCUCUUUGAAUACGAGUCCAGCGUGUGGAUGUCGUCCAGAGUUGUUUGCAGCCUAUGCUGAGUUUCACAAAGCAUUUGUUUCAGUUGAUCUGGAUGUUCUGUUGGACAUCUUGAGAGUUUACGGAAUCCCCAUUAAGUUGCAGGAUUCUGUGCAGAGUGUGGGCUGAGACUCUGACUGCUUCCCAAGGAAUUCUGGCAUUAGUCAGGGAUUACGCCUGUGCUCCUACUCUGUUCAGUACUUGCAUGGACUAGGUGUUGGGUAGGAUUGUUGAGGCCAGCAGCUUGGCUGCAUUUGUCAAUGAAGGAAGGCUCACUGACCUUGACUUUGCUGACAAUGUUGUGAUGUUUGCGAAACCAAUGGACCGGUUGAGAAGCUGAGUGAGAAAUUGCGGUGUCUGAGUUUGCAAUUGUCCUGGAUCAAGACAAAGAUCCAAGUGUAUCUGUACGUGGUGGAAGUACUGGAGUUGAGAGAUUGACUUAUCUUGGCAGUGACAUUCAGGUCUCUUGGACUUCUCCUGUAACGACGAGAAGUCUGGCAAGAGGUUAUGUUGUCAUGAGGUCCCUGGACAGAUGGUUUGAGCUCCCCGUAUCUUUGCAGGAGAACAAAGUUCCAAGUCUUGAGGGUCCUGGUGUUUCCUGUUUUACUGUAUGGCUGUGAGACUUGGAUGCUAACCAGUGACCUAACGGGACAACUCUUUGGUACUUAGGUCUCGUCAGAGGAUCCUUAUGCAACACUGGAAUGACUGUACUAAAUGAACAGUUACUUUAGGAGACUCAGACAGACUACUUGCUCGUGAUGAAACAUCAGCUAUGACACUGGCCAACUGGCACGCUUCUAUAAGCAUGAUUCACCACUCAGGUGCCUCAGUACUGAGGACCCCACGCAACUGGGAAAGGCCACGCUCCCACGUGUCGCCUGACUGGCAGAUAGGUGGCUCAUUUCUGCAUGUGUGGAUGGACCAUUGCUCUGUCUCGGUGGUUGUUAAUCAGGACCCACAGUGAUUCCACAGUGUCAUAGAUGCACCGGUGCAUACUCCCAGACCUGGCCUCACACUCGCGUGAUCAUAAUUGCAAAACAAAUGUAGCUAGUGUCAGACUUGUGUUGCACACAAUAAUGGACUAGGUGCGUAUAAGGCUUAAGAGCAAAGCUGGGCUCUUGGUUAGAAUAGUGAAAGACACACAGCUACAUCUAAAGCCAUGUUCUCACUUUCAGAGGUCUACAAGCCUGAAGCUCACAGUUUUAAACCUUGUCCACCCAUACCUUGGAAAAUCGUUGAGAGCUUGGGGGGUGUCUGUUAUGAACCCAUAUCAUUGUGCCGCCGUGGUUGUGUUUUAAACAUAGUGGGAUUUUCAAGUUGUCUGAAAAUUCCUGUGUGUGUUGUGUGAACUUUGACAUACUUUGGUAAUGGCUUGCAUUUCCAUGGAGCCCAUAACACCGUUGUACAUGCCGUGACAUCACUGGGCAGUUUUAUGGAAAUGCCAAGGUUCUGCUAAGUUAUGCUAUGUUGUUUUUGCACACUUCACAUAAUACAAAUUGGACACCUUUUACUUCUUCAAACCGUGCGCUGGAUUAGAUUUGUGAGCAGCCAUGGUCUUCACAUGGUGGUUUGUCGUGUUAUAGACCUUCAGCUACGCUUACCUUCCGGGAGGCGUAGUUGUGAAAGUGAUAACUGAGCUUGGAGGAGCUGCUUUGUGUCAGAUAUUCUGUUUGCCAGCUUUCUUUUCCAUCAGUUUGAAAAUAUAGGUAAUAGGUGGGGGCAGUAAAAAAAAGUGUAGAAAAAAUUAUUUAUUCAUGUUAAUAUUUUUGUAACUGUUAAUAUUUUACUUCUUGCCUUUUUGUAUGGAUGCUUUUUUUUGUUUGUUUUUAAUGCAUUAAAGUUGACAUGGACUCCCUGUAUGUACAGUUGUUACUGAGGUUGCUAACAGUGAACAAAAGUUCUUUUUUGUACAGUAUCCAUAUUAAAAAGAGGACAGACCUGGUAUAAUAUAUUUUCAUAAAACAAUGGGUGAAAAAUUUGGCUUGUAUAUUUUUGGAAAAAGCACCAUCCAUCACAUGCAAUUUUUUCUAUGAACCAGGAGAUGUCUCUACUGAGUCUAACAGGUAAUGUGUAAAACCAUACAAAUUUUAUAUCUGUUAGUUUGGUGUUUGCCACUUACCCUUUAAAACACACAAAACUGUAUUUUUGAAGGUCUGUAAUAUAUUAAUUCCUAUUGAUGUGUUGGGUUUUUAAAUAAUGUUUAGACUGAUCUUACAGUAAUCAUCAGAUAUCAAAGUAAAUUUUUUUAUAUAUUUUAAUUUGAUAGUUCUUGCUGAAAGGCGUUCUUUACAAUAUAUUGUAUAGGUAUACCUUUUGCUGAAUCUUUAUUGUACAGUGACAUUUUAUAAAGUCAAUUUAGUAAAGUGUGACAUGUAUUUUUAGCUGUCAUUUGUAAAAUUCUCAAUGCUUGGUAUUUAAGGCACUGUAGGGAUACAGUUAAAGCUCAAGUACUAGCCAUAUUCUGUCAAACGCCUAUGUUUUUACUGCUUAUAUCUUUUCAGAAACUUUCCAAUAAAAUGAUUGAAGAUGUUCAAAUUUA